AUGGGGACCCUUGUAGAUGGCAAGAAGGUCGCGUUUGGGGCGUACGAUCAGCCGCUCAAGCAGCAGGCGGCAAAGAAGUCGAAUGCCUUCAAGAUCGCGCUCGUGGCGUCAGACUGCCUGCUGCUAGUGGCGGGGCUCGCCUGGCAGCAAAAGCAGCAUCAGCAGCAGCAGCAGCAGCAGCAGCAGCAUCAGCAGCAGCAGCAUUCCCCCCAGCAGCCAGGCGCCAGAGCAGGCUUCUGCUCCGGCAGGACCAAUGCACCUGUGCUGGUGCACCUCUCCAAGAACAAGAGCGGUAAGUUCUCGUUCAACCCGGUCAGCGUCAACCUGCUUACUGAGCUGGCGAAGACCACGUUCGCGUUCUGCGUGCUGCUGGCGCUGGGCACGGGGCGGCCGGGGCGGCCGAUGUACUCGUCUGUGAGCGCCUUCAUAGCGGACGCGCAGCACAACAGGCUGCUGGCGGUGCCGGCGGCGCUGUACGCCGUCAACAACUACCUCAAGUUUGCGAUGCAGCUGUACUUCCGCCCCACCACCACCAAGAUGCUGGGCAACCUGAAGAUUUUCACCAUCGCGCUGCUGAUGAGGACGGUGAUGAAGCGGCGCUUCAGCGUCAUCCAGUACGAGGCGCUCUUCCUGCUCGUGGCGGGCAUCACGGUCAACCAGCUGCAGGCCUGCGCCGGCAGCGCCGAGGCCCUGCCCGUCGGCGCGCUCCUGCCCGCGGCCCUCUGCGUCGCCGGCACCGUGACCGUCCCCUCGGCCGCCUCUGUGUACAACGAGUUCGCCCUCAAGAAGCACAUGGACACCAGCGUGCACCUGCAGAACUUCUUCCUCUACUUCUACGGGGCACUCUUCAACCUCGUGGGCGUGCUGGCGAUGAGCGCGUACAAGCGGCAGGGGCUGGCAGAGCUGUUUGCGGGGCAGACGCUCGGCAUCCUGUCGUCCUUCUUUUACAAAUUUGCGGACACCAUCCUCAAGAAGUACUCCUCCACCAUAGCCACCAUAUUCACGGCCCUCAUGAGCUGGGCCAUGUUCGCGCACCCCCUCACCGUGAACUUCGCGAUCGGCGUCAGCAUCGUGUUCGUCUCCAUGCACCAAUUCUUCACAUUCACAGACAAGGCCGGCCCCGCCAAGGGCGCCGCCGCCGCCGCGGGCAACGGCGCCGUCGCGCUCGCCGCGUCCAGCGCACGGGGGCCGCCGGCGCCGCAGAUGAUCCACUCGCCGAGCAUGGAUCAAUUCAGGGUGGCGGCGGGGCCGCCCAGCGGCAACGGCGGGCUGUCGACGUUGGCGGAGGAGGGGGCGGACGAGUACGGGGAGGGGCUUGCGCUCGGCGGGCCGGACGGCUCGCGGGCGCCGCUGCUGCCGCGGUAG